AUGUUCGCCUUCAUGGAAGAAAAUAGGAAGGAUAAUUCUCUACUGAAUCCUCCACUACCCUUGCCGAUGUCGUUCGUGACGCUUACUCCAAGGUCUCGACCAAGUACCAGAAGCGCCCACUCGCCGAAUCGAGUGGGAAUUUCACGACAACAUCGCGAAACAUUCUCUUAACAGCGUGGCCAGCCUUCGACACAUGUCGCGAAUCAUCAGACUCCGACGGUCGCGCCUCAAACGACUAGGAUUUUCGCUCGACACCACCCGACGACUUUCAGACGUUCGCGGCCAACUGAUCCAGCACCCGUUCCGCGCUCCUUCUGCAUCGUUUGCGGAUCGACAUCCUUGGACCAUCCACCCACCCAACUCUGCCACGAAUUCGAUCCGGAGGCCUUCACUCGUUCCUCGUCCGGAGCUUUAUAUCACGAAUCCUCCAAACCCCAGGUGUGCUUUGCCUUCACCCGGUGA